CAGAACACACGAUCAAACUAUUAAUUUCGAAAAUUUUAAGUAAUUCAUUAAAAGAUGGCUGUGUUAACUGUAACAAACCCUUUAAUACAAGUAUAUAUAAUUCAUUCAGCUGUUUUGGCGUUAAAAUUAAUCGCUGUCAGUUCAAUGACAGGAUACACACGGCUCACACGACGUGUGUUUGCAAAUCCAGAAGACGUGAAGAAUUUCAGAGGAGUGGUUAAAUUAGACGACCCCGUCGUGGAAAGAACCCGACGUGCACAUAUGAAUGAUUUGGAAAAUAUACCCGCUUUUUGGAUCUUGGGCGCGUUAUACGUAACCACAGGACCUGGUCUUGGUUGGACGACGCUACUAUUCAGAAUAUUUACAGUAUGUAGAAUUAUUCACACAGUUGUUUACGUUCUGCCAGUAGUGCCACAACCGUCACGUGCGAUCGCAUAUGGCAUACCUUAUAUUAUCAAUUGGUAUAUGGGUAUACAAGUUGUUUCAUAUUAUAUAAAUAACUUUUAA